CUGGGCUUUAGUAGAAGUAGUUGUUUUGAUUGUCUCUGUUUUCUUGGGAGAGAGGAUUCCAGUUCCCUUAUAAAGCUUCAAUUUUUUUCAUCGUUCAAACUCAAACUCAACAUCUCUCUGUAGAAUCGCCAUGGGAGACAGUCAAUAUUCAUUCUCUCUUACUACAUUCAGUCCGUCAGGAAAGCUUGUUCAGAUUGAAUAUGCAUUAAUGGCAGUUGGAUCUGGUCAGACUUCUCUGGGUAUUAAAGCUGCUAAUGGUGUUGUAAUUGCAACCGAAAAGAAGUUACCAUCGAUCUUAGUUGAUGAAACCUCUGUUCAAAAGAUUCAGUCUUUAACAAAUAAUAUUGGAGUUGUAUACAGUGGCAUGGGCCCUGAUUCUCGAGUUUUGGUUAGAAAAAGUAGGAAACAGGCCCAGACAUAUUACAGAUUAUACAAAGAAACCAUCCCUGUCACGCAGCUUGUCAGAGAAAUUGCAGCAGUUAUGCAGGAGUUCACUCAAUCUGGUGGGGUGAGGCCUUUCGGUGUUUCUUUGUUGGUGGCUGGCUUUGAUGAUAAUGGUCCUCAAUUGUAUCAGGUGGACCCGUCAGGUUCCUACUUCUCAUGGAAGGCUUCGGCAAUGGGUAAAAAUGUGUCGAAUGCAAAGACAUUUCUUGAGAAGAGGUACACUGAGGAUAUGGAGCUUGAUGAUGCUAUCCACACAGCUAUUUUGACGCUGAAGGAAGGUUUUGAAGGGCAAAUUUCUAGCAAAAACAUUGAGAUCGGGAUAAUUGGUGCAGACAAAAUUUUCAGAGUACUCACCCCAGCAGAAAUUGAUGAUUUCUUGGCGGAAGUGGAGUAAUAGCUGGUUUCAAACCGUGUUCAAGUAGAUGCUUGUUUUGACUGAGAUUGGGGAUUAAUCAGUUCUGUUACACAGAUAUUAUUGCUUCGAGGUACUUAUUCUUUGUUUCCAGAGAACAAGUUUCUGAAAGAAAAAACAUUGGAUUGAUGGAGAGACAAGUGUUCGGGUUCGGUCAAAUUAUAUUUUAUUCUUAGCUGUUGUAAAAUUGUGUCACAUUGCCAGGGUAGAAUACAAGUACAUGUUAGCUUUUUUAUAAUUUACGCAACAAAUCGUGAUUAGCUUAAUUUUCUACUAUAUCUGAAUUACAGUUAGAAGCUGAAAUUCUGACAUAUCACACAUGAAACAAGUACUUAUUACUGGUAGUAAUAAAAUAAAACGAACAAGUACUUAUUAUUA